CGGGCCUCCCCGGGCUGCGGCGGCGCCCUCUGCAGGCCGCGGCGGGCAGAGCGGGCGGAAGGAACCUGAGCCGGACUGCCACCGUGUCCCAACCGGAGCCGCCGCCGGAGCUUCCCGGGGCCCCGAGUCCGCGCCGAACGCCCUCCUCGCCGCCCGCCGUGUCCCGGCGGCCUCCGGAGCCGCCGCGCCGCUCGCGCACACCUGAAGCGGCCGGGCCAGGCCCUGCCUCGGUCCUCAGUUCGUCCUCCCCGCCCCGCACCGGCCUUCACUCUGGAGCGGCCCCGGCAGCCGCAGCAGGGGCGGCGGCGGCGGAUCGAGGAGCUCUCCAGGUCGUCCCGGGAGAGGCUGCUGCAGUCCCGGGACAGGAUGUUCUCCAAGUUCACCUCCAUCCUGCAGCACGCCGUGGAGGCGCUUGCACCUUCUCUUCCUUUACAAGAAGAUUUUGUUUAUCACUGGAAGGCAAUUACCCAUUACUACAUAGAGACUUCAGAUGAUAAAGCCCCAGUGACCGAUACAAAUAUUCCAUCGCAUCUGGAACAGAUGUUAGAUAUACUGGUUGAAGAAGAAAAUGAACGGGAAUCUGGAGAGACGGGGCCAUGUAUGGAAUAUUUGCUCCAUCACAAGAUCUUGGAAACAUUAUACACCUUGGGGAAAGCUGAUUGUCCUCCGGGAAUGAAACAGCAGGUUUUGGUUUUCUAUACGAAACUUCUGGGAAGAAUCCGGCAGCCACUGCUUCCACACAUUAACGUGCACAGGCCAGUGCAGAAAUUAAUUAGACUGUGUGGUGAAGUCCUAGCAACACCAACAGAAAAUGAAGAGAUUCAGUUUCUUUGCAUUGUGUGUGCGAAGCUGAAACAGGACCCCUACCUGGUUAACUUUUUUCUAGAGAAUAAGAUGAAAUCAUUGGCUUCCAAAGGAGUACCAAAUGUAAUUUCAGAAGAUACAUUAAAAGGUCAGGAUUCCUUGUCAACAGAUACAGGACAGUCCCGUCAACCGGAGGAACUAUCUGGUGCUACUGGAAUGGAGCAAACAGAAUUGGAAGAUGAGCCUCCUCAUCAGAUGGAUCACCUGGCCACAAGCUUGGAUAACCUCAGUGUCGCCUCACUGCCAGAGGCCUCGGUUGUUCGUCCAAACCAGGAUUACAAUUUAGUGAAUUCUUUGUUAAAUCUUACUAGAAGUCCUGAUGGCCGAAUAGCUGUGAAGGCAUGUGAAGGCUUGAUGCUGUUAGUAAGUUUGCCAGAGCCUGCGGCUGCAAAGUGCCUUACACAGAGCACUUGCUUGUGUGAACUACUGACAGACAGACUUGCCUCCCUGUACAAGGCCCUACCUCAGUCAGUGGAUCCGUUAGAUAUUGAAACCGUGGAAGCAAUUAACUGGGGCUUGGACUCAUAUAGUCAUAAAGAAGAUGCUUCAGCAUUUCCAGGAAAACGAGCCUUAAUUUCAUUUCUUUCCUGGUUUGAUUAUUGUGAUCAGCUCAUUAAGGAAGCCCAAAAGACUGCUGCUGUUGCUCUUGCCAAAGCUGUUCAUGAAAGAUUUUUCAUUGGUGUUAUGGAACCUCAAUUAAUGCAAACUUCUGAGAUGGGUAUUCUCACAUCCACUGCUCUGCUUCAUCGCAUCGUUCGGCAAGUGACCUCUGAUGUUUUGCUUCAAGAAAUGGUGUUUUUUAUCCUUGGAGAACAGAGGGAACCAGAAACUCUGGCAGAAAUCAGCAGACAUCCUUUAAGGCAUAGGUUAAUUGAACAUUGUGAUCACAUAUCUGAUGAGAUAAGCAUAAUGACAUUACGAAUGUUUGAACAUCUUUUACAAAAACCCAAUGAGCACAUUCUUUACAACUUGGUCUUGAGAAAUCUUGAAGAAAGAAAUUAUACAGAAUAUAAACCUUUGUGCCCAGAAGAUAAAGAUGUGGUAGAAAAUGGAUUGAUAGCAGGAGCAGUAGAUCUGGAAGAAGAUCCAUUAUUUACUGACAUUUCACCAGAAAGCAUUUUGCCAAACCAAGAGUGGCUUAGUUCUUCGCCUCCUGCUACUCCAGACCACCCCAAAAAUGAUGGAAAAACUGAAGUUCAUAAAAUUGUAAAUAGUUUUCUCUGUCUGGUACCGGAUGACGCAAAAUCUUCCUACCAUGUUGAGGGCACGGGAUAUGACACCUACCUCCGAGAUGCUCAUAGACAGUUCCGAGACUACUGUGCUGUCUGCUUAAGAUGGGAGUGGCCUGGGUCUCCAAAAGCAUUGGAAAAGUGCAAUUUAGAAGCAGCUUUCUUUGAAGGUCAUUUUUUAAAAGUGCUGUUUGACAGAAUGGGAAGAAUUCUUGAUCAGCCAUAUGAUGUAAACUUACAAGUAACCUCAGUGUUAUCUAGACUUUCUCUCUUCCCUCAUCCACACAUCCACGAGUACCUUUUGGAUCCUUACGUGAACCUCGCUCCCGGCUGUAGAUCUCUCUUCUCUGUAAUUGUCAGGGUUGUUGGAGACCUUAUGCUUCGAAUCCAGCGUAUUCAAGACUUUACUCCCAAGCUUCUGUUAGUCAGAAAGCGAUUACUUGGUUUGGAACCUGAAGGCCCUAUUAUUGACCACAUCACACUGCUAGAGGGUGUGAUUGUGUUAGAAGAGUUCUGUAAGGAGCUGGCGGCGAUUGCAUUCGUGAAAUAUCACGCUUCCUCCACACCAUAAAUAACAUCUUUCAAGUAACUAGGGGAACAGAACUACUGUGCACAUUUCAUCAAAAAAGAUUCAGUUCCGCUCAGCCACAAGAGGAUAAAAAGCCUUUUUAAACGAAGUAUUGCUGUAAACUGGACAGAACCAUUAAGAACCUAUUGAGUGGAGAUUCUUGGUGAAAUGUUGUAUAAUGUUGUUUUCAUUGGCUUUAUCAUAAUGGUUCUAUAUAUAUAAAAUUGCACAUUGUUGAAUCCAGGAUACAAUCAAAGGAACUUCAGGAAAUAAGCAUUUCUAAUGACUGUGUGAAAAGCUGCAAUAUUUCUGAUGUCAUGACUUUGAUGAUAUUUCUGUUAUAUUAAUAUCCUUUUAGGUAGCAAGGCAUUUUGACAUUCUCUGGGACUCAAAUGCUUAUAUUCUUUUGGACUAAUAAGUAGCAAAAAAAAUCACUAAUUUUAUAACUUUUUAAGGUCAGAAUUCUUAUCAAACAAAAUAUGAAAAAAACUGUAAAUGAGAAAAAAAUACAAUUCAGAAACCAUUGAAUGAAUUAAUUAUAGGAGAUAAAAAUGUGUAGAGCACCAUUAACUUUCUUCAGCUUUUUUAAGAAUAACAAUUUAAUAUGAUAAAUUCUUGAUUAAUAUAUCUAUAUUUUUAAAGAAAUGUUCUUUUACUCUUUUGUGCACAUAGCCAUGUUAGUGAUUUUCUUCAUGUGUGGGUCCCAGUUUAUUUAAACUGUCAUUUUCGCAACAGUGUUGAAUUUAUGCUCACCAUUGAUAGUGUUUGCUAAAAUUGUAUUUUUUUAAGCUAAGUAACAUGUACUGGGUUGAGAACCUUUUUCCCCCCUCUCUCCCUCUCAGAAAAUUGCUUUAUAAUUUGAUUUUCUUACUGAAACGCAUGGUGGUGUCUAGGUGGGGAACUGACUGAUAACCCUUGGCAGCAAUCAAAGUGCCAGUGGCUCCUCGAUGUUUACAUUUUUUUCUAUUUUGUUCAGUCUUUUGUUUUAAAUGAUUCUAAAGAGAUUAAAGAAAACAGACUUUUAAAUGUCCUGUUUACGUGUUAAAGGAUUUGGGGAAAUUGGGUAUGUAUGUGAAUGGGUGUACAUGUAGGAACCUGUAGUUCAGCAAAGCUGCGCUGGGCACAGCAUGCUUGUACUUGAUUGACAAAAUCGUGUUUGCCAGUCCACUUUCUAUUUUUCCUUUAAGUGAUGCUGAUCACUCAAAUACUGCUUUUAAGCUAUUGUUUGUUUUUAUUUGACAUGUUAAGCGCAGCACUUUUUUCUUUAUCUUUUCAUUUGCUGAUAUUUGGGGGAACAGGCUAUCAAAGGUUCCAGCUUGAAGGGAACUGUCACUACCCCCUCUAGGAAGUUAUUUUAUGUAGCAUGUUUGCAUAUACGCAUUGUGUGGCAUGUGCAUAGAGGCUUGUUUUACUCCUAUCUGCUCAUUUUGUUGUGUUAGCUUUUCUGGUUUAUUUCAUAGUUUAUUUUUGCUAUUAACAAAAUAUCAAAAGAUUAUGAAUAGCCUCAGCUCUAGAAUGCUUACCACUGUUAAAACAACAAAAAGACUAAACCUCUAAUUUCACGCAAAUCUUUGUUAGCUUAUUCUAAGAAAUUUAUUAAGUAAAACAAAGAAAACACAAAAAUGGGAGAUAGUUAUUUUGUGCGUGAUUUUCUUUAAAUCAUUUUGAAUGAUGUGAAGGCAUUAUUCAGUUUGCUGUAUUUUUUAAUCACUUCAUACAACGAACACUUCGACAUUUCCAUUUCUAGAUGUAGUAACAGUCUACUUUGAUAUACGAGUAUUUAAACUAAGGCAUUAAGAGAUAUUAGAUAUUUCUUAAUGUUUUCAUAGUGCUCAAUAGGUGUAGUAGCAAUGAUAUUACCUCUGAAACCAAAUACUCUUUUAUCCUUGAUUUCACUAUGGGACCUUAUAACUAAUCCAUGAAACCAAGCUCAGAAAAGCUUUAACUCUUAUAUUUGUGUAUGUGUAUGCUGCUUCUGAAAAUAUAAUUUUCUUAAGUUAUUGUAAUGACUUUAAUUUGUAAUCAGCUAAGGCUUAAGAUUUCAUUUGUUUCUAAGUUUCUGUUUUUCUUCCCUUCUUUUUUCUUUUAUAUUUAGUUCAGACCUAGAGCCAGUAGAAGCUCUCACAGUGAGUUCAAUUUGUUAGUGAAACAUUGUACUGCAUCACUAGUUUUUCUUACCGUAUGUUGACAGCUGAAUAUUUCUGUUACUCAGUACUUGCAAAAACAGUGACUAAAAUGCACUAUGUUGAGUGGAAAGCACCGUCAUAACAAUUGAUUGCCAUAGCAAGUUCCAAAGUGAAUUUCAGCCUUGCUUCACAUUUGUAUCAAUAAGUAUGCACAUUUUUUAAAACUUUCUAACAAUAUAGUCUUUGGGUUUGUUUUUAGUUAUGAGCCACAUUCUUUACUUGAUUGAACUCAGAUUUGUCUUAGCCUAUUGCCAUAUAGUACUCACCUUAUAACUAUGUAACUUUCUCAUAAUAUAUCUGUUUGUGCAAUAUGGAAGCUGUGAGUGGAUUCAUAGCUUUUUGGUUUAAUUGUACAUUAUUGUGUGUGUAUAUGUGUAUAUAUGUAUAUAUAUAAGGACCAAAAUUCUUAGCUUGCUUACACUGUUGCUAGUGUAAACAUUGUUACACUGAAUUUUACAGGGCACAAAUUAUGGAAUUACUUCAUAAAUUCAUGGUAAUGUUUCCAUAAAUUAUUGCAUUAAUAUACAAUUACCAUUUAAUUAUGAAGUCCAUCAGUAUUGACAGAAGAAGUUACAGUGAAGUGCUAAAACCACAUUAUAUGGUUAUAUUUUGGGUUAUAUAGUAAAUCAAAUGUGCAUGUCAUUGUGACACUUUAUGUGUUAAAACAUGGUAGAUAAUCACAUUUUCUGGGCCCUGUAAAAUAGUGUUACUGUAAUACUCUGUUUUGCCUCCUGCCUUGUUUACAUUAAACAGGAUAUUUGGUAAAUUUUUUGUAUUGAAUAUUGUGUAGGUUACUGACAGUGUUACCAACGUUUGGAAUUCUUGGUCCAUCCGUGGAGAAACUCUUCAGGUGGUCAUUGUGUAUCUAUUCUCUCUUCAAAGGAAGUUGUGAUCAAGUUCAACUUUUUGUGCUAACAAUGCAUGCAGGACUAAGAGGGAUGAUCUAAAAAAUAAAUAAUGUAAUUUAAACAAAA